UUCACACUCCGUUCCCACUUUCUAUUCCUCUUCAUUACCCAUCUCUCUUCAUUGAUUAACUGAUACUUUCUUCAUCAACCUCAAAAACCCAAAUUGAAAUCUAAACAUGGGUUCUUCAAAAAUUUAACAAUGGUGAAGUAUUCAAUCUUACUGUUACUGGUUUUGUUCUUCAUAGUAGAUGGUGAGAAGACAGAAUUUGAUUUUGGGAACUUAAGUCUAAAAAGUUUAAAGUUAUUGGGAGAUGCUCAUUUAAACAAUGGAACUGUAAGAUUAACACGUGAUCUUUCCGUUCCAAAUUCAGGUUCAGGUAGACUUCUUUACAGUAAACCAAUCAGAUUUCGAAAAAAACAAGGAGGAACUCAGCAGAUUCUUACUUCCUUUUCAACUUUCUUUACUUUCUCAAUUACUAAUCUAAACCCAUCUUCAGUUGGUGCUGGACUUGCUUUUAUGAUCUCAUCUGGUGAUGAAACCACCGGAAAAUCUGGUGGGUUUCUGGGGUUAGAGGAUGAUACUUCUGAUGACAAAGGGGGGUUUGUUGGAGUUGAAUUUGAUACGUUAAUGGAUUUGCAAUUUGAGGAUGUUAAUGGAAAUCAUGUUGGUUUAGAUCUGAAUAGUUUAAUUUCAGCUAAAGUUGUUGAUUUAGAUACUGUCGGAAUUCAUCUCAAGAGUGGUAACAGCGUGAAUUCAUGGAUUGAUUAUGAUGGUCUUGCUCGUCUUCUUAAUGUAUCGGUUUCAUAUUCCAAUAUCCGGCCUAAAACACCUCUUUUUUCGUUUCCUGUUGAUUUGAAUCGGUUUGUGGAAGAUUAUAUGUUCGUGGGGUUUUCUGCUUCCACUCAAGGUAGUACUGAGGUUCAUAAUAUUGAAUGGUGGAGUUUUAAAUCUUCUUUUGAUACGUUUUCGGAGUCUGCGGUAGCCCCGUCGUCACCUUCAGCUGGUGGUGAUCAUGUUGGUAACGUUACCAGCUCCACGGCGCCGUCGUCUGCUAUUUCGGUAGCUCCUACAAGUGGUGGUUCUGUUCCAAGCUACAAAAACCCGGGUAACAUUGUGACGAAAAGAAUUAAAUUCAGGGAGAAAGCAGCAGAUUCUAUAUCUCUGGAGAUUGUCAAAACCCCAAAAGAGUUCAGUUACAAAGACUUGAAAUCUGCCACAAAUUGCUUCAAUUCGUCGAGAAUUAUCGGGCAUGGUGCAUUUGGAACUGUCUAUAAAGGUGUAAUGCCCGAAACAGGAUCGAUGAUAGCUGUGAAAAGAUGUAGGCAUAGUGGUGGUCAAGGUAAGGCGGAAUUUUUAUCCGAACUUUCGAUAAUUGGAACCCUGAGGCACAGAAAUCUUGUUACAUUACAAGGUUGGUGUCACGAAAAAGGCGAAAUUUUACUUGUCUAUGACUUCAUGCCUAAUGGGAGUCUCGAUAAGGCUUUGUUUGAAGCUAAAUUUCCAUUACCAUGGCCGAGCAGGAAAAGAGUUUUAAUGGGUGUUGCUUCAGCUUUAGCCUACUUGCAUGAAGAAUGUGAAAGCCAAGUAAUUCAUAGAGAUAUCAAAGCUAGUAACAUUAUGCUCGACGAGUUUUUCAAUGCCCGGGUAGGUGAUUUCGGACUAGCAAAACAGAUUGAACAUGAUAAAUCUCCCGAUGCAACAAUUGCUGCUGGAACAAUGGGUUAUUUGGCACCUGAAUAUCUUCUAACAGGAAGAGCCACUGAUAAAACAGAUGUUUUUAGCUAUGGUGCUGUUGUUCUUGAGGUGAUCACUGGAAGAAGACCCAUUGAAAGGGAUGUCGGUAAAAUUGGUGGGGUUGGAGGUAGCACUAGUUUGGUUGAAUUUGUAUGGAAUUUACAUAGAGAAGGAAGAUUAUUAGAGGCAGUUGAUGCUAGAAUCAGAGGUGAAUUCGAUGAAGAAGAGAUGUUGAAAGUGUUAUUGAUUGGAUUGAAUUGUUCAAACCCUGAUCCGGUUGCUCGGCCUACAAUGAGAUGUGUUGUUCAAAUGUUUUUAGGCGAAGCGCAAGUUCCAAUUGUUCCGAAAACAAAACCUUCAUUGUGUUUCAGUACUACCCAUCUACUGUUGAGUUUGCAGGAUAGUGUUUCGGAUUGCAACGAGAUGAUCACCAUUUCUACCUCGUCUUCUUCGGAUAACAGUUUUCAUGGGGGUGGAAAUUAUAUCUUAUGAGUUAUUAUAUUUAUCAAAUUUAUUUGUAAUCUAAGAGUAUAUAUAUAGGCAAUUCUUGAUUUAUUUAUGUAUGUAGCAGAGAAUAAGAGCAAUGUAAACAAGUUCAUUUGGAUCAUAUCUUUAUUAAUGACUACAAUAUAUGUUCUUUGGUCGCA